GCUCUUUCUGGCGAUGGACUCUACGAGGGACUGGAUUGGCUGGUCACGGCUUUGAAGGAGCUGCAAGUCUCUGGACGACAUAUUACUUGAAUCGGCAGCUCCAAGUUGUGUCGACAAACUUGAUACUGAAGAAUAAACUGCAAGAAAAGUUUUCUGUAGCAGAUUACCAGAGCACUUUGGACCCAUCCUAUGUUCAUCUUAACUAUGCUGGUGUAAAGGGAGAACAGUUAACUUGUGAAUUGUUCUGGCAUUCCUACAUUUAAGUGAUGCAGGAAUGCAAUAUGAACAUAGAUCGCAAUUUGAUCGGGCUAAGAUUGGGCCGGCCCAUCUUCUCAAUCUAUAAAUAUACGAGCGCGUCCGCGAUCCGAUCUGCUUUCUUGCUUCGCGAGGGUUGUUUCCUCCGGUACGUCAACAGAGCAACCCAAGUAGAGAGUUCAAACAUGGCAACAGGCAAAAUUAUCGGAGCUAUUGUUGCAUCCUUUGCAGUCUCAUAUGCAUGUGAUACGCUGAUCUCUGAUGGAAAGAUAUUUGGUGGUACAACUCCGAAAACUGUCUCGGACAAGGAAUGGUGGGAAGCAACUGAUAAGAAGUUCCAGGCCUGGCCUCGCACCGCUGGACCACCGGUUGUGAUGAACCCCAUUAGCCGGCAGAACUUUAUCGUCAAGUCAUCUGAAUCCUAAAGUGAAUAACACAAUGCAGGUUUUAUGGUCUAAAAUGAUUAGGUCAUUACUUGCGGGUGAUGCGCUGUUUUGAGAAAGUAUUUUAUGUUUCCAUGGAUUGAUGGAGAUGUUAUGAGCAGCCUUUUACGAUAUUUCCAUAAGCUGUAAUAAUUUUCAUGAGACCGCCAUCUGGGACAUGUAUGCAACUAUAUUUCUUGUGGGUUUUACAUUGAGAAAUAAGGACACUGAUCCAUUCUUGAA